CCCCGCCCCGGGCCGCGGCGAGCCAGCGGGGUGGGCGCGGGCCGGCCCGCGGCGGCGGCGGCGGCGGCAUGAAAGUGACCGUGUGCUUCGGGAGGACCCGGGUGGUCGUGCCGUGCGGGGAUGGCCACAUGAAAGUUUUCAGCCUCAUCCAGCAGGCGGUGACCCGCUACCGGAAGGCCAUCGCCAAGGAUCCAAACUACUGGAUACAGGUGCACCGGCUGGAACACGGCGAUGGGGGAAUCCUGGACCUUGAUGACAUCCUGUGUGAUGUGGCAGAUGAUAAAGACAGACUGGUAGCAGUGUUUGAUGAACAAGAUCCACAUCAUGGAGGGGAUGGCACCAGUGCCAGCUCCACAGGCACUCAAAGUCCAGAGAUAUUUGGCAGUGAGCUUGGUGCCAACAAUGUUUCAGCCUUUCAGCCUUAUCAAGCAACAAGUGAGAUCGAGGUCACGCCUUCAGUCCUUCGAGCAAAUAUGCCUCUUCAUGUCCGACGAAGCAGUGAUCCAGCUUUAAUUGGCCUUUCCACUUCUGUCAGUGAUAAUAAUUUUUCCUCGGAAGAGCCUUCACGGAAAAACCCCACACGCUGGUCUACCACAGCUGGCUUCCUCAAGCAAAACACUGCUGGUAGCCCUAAAACUUGUGACAGGAAGAAAGAUGAAAACUACAGAAGCCUUCCACGGGAUGCCAGUAACUGGUCAAACCAAUUUCAGAGGGAUAAUGCUCGCUCAUCUCUGAGUGCCAGUCACCCAAUGGUGGACAAGUGGCUGGAGAAGCAAGAACAGGAUGAGGAUGGGACGGAAGAAGACAACAGUCGUGUUGAACCUGUUGGACAUGCUGACACGGGUUUGGAGAGCAUACCCAACUUUUCUCUGGAUGAUAUGGUAAAGCUCGUACAAGUCCCCAACGAUGGAGGGCCUCUGGGAAUCCAUGUAGUGCCUUUCAGUGCUCGAGGCGGCAGAACCCUGGGGUUAUUAGUAAAACGAUUGGAGAAAGGUGGUAAAGCUGAACAAGAAAACCUUUUUCAUGAGAAUGAUUGCAUUGUCAGAAUUAAUGAUGGCGACCUUCGAAAUAGAAGAUUUGAACAAGCACAACAUAUGUUUCGCCAAGCCAUGCGUACACCCAUCAUUUGGUUUCAUGUGGUUCCUGCAGCAAAUAAAGAGCAGUAUGAACAACUAUCCCAAAGUGAGAAGAACAAUUAUUAUUCAAGCCGCUUCAGCCCUGACAGCCAGUAUAUUGAUAACAGGGGUGUGAAUAGCUCAGGGCUCCAGGCUCUGCAGAGAGCAGCGAGACUGAACCACCCGCCAGAGCAGACAGACCUGAAUUCCCGACUACUACCUCAGAGCACGCACCCCUUCGGGAAACCGCCCACAGCUCCAGCUCCACCUCCACAGAACGUGUUUAAUACAAAUAUUAGUGGUUAUAACACCAAGAGAAUAGGCAAGAAGCUUCAUAUCCAGCUUAAGAAAGGGACAGAAGGUUUGGGCUUCAGUAUCACUUCUCGUGACGUAACAAUAGGUGGCUCAGCUCCAAUUUAUGUCAAAAACAUUCUUCCCAGAGGUGCUGCUAUUCAAGACGGCAGACUCAAGGCGGGGGAUAGACUUAUAGAGGUAAAUGGAGUAGAUUUAGCAGGCAAAUCCCAAGAGGAAGCUGUUUCCCUGUUGAGAAGCACCAAGAUGGAAGGAACUGUGAGCCUUCUGGUCUUUCGCCAAGAAGAUGCCUUUCACCCAAGGGAACUGAGUGCAGAGCCAAGCCAGAUGCAGAUUCCCAAAGAAACGAAAGCAGAAGAUGAAGAUAUUGUUCUCACACCUGAUGGUACCAGGGAAUUUCUGACAUUUGAAGUUCCACUUAAUGACUCGGGAUCAGCAGGUCUUGGUGUCAGUGUCAAAGGAAAUCGCUCCAAAGAGAACCAUGCAGAUUUGGGAAUCUUUGUCAAGUCCAUUAUUAAUGGAGGAGCAGCAUCAAAAGAUGGAAGGCUUCGGGUGAAUGAUCAACUGAUAGCAGUAAAUGGAGAAUCCCUGUUGGGCAAGACAAACCAAGAUGCCAUGGAAACCCUCAGAAGGUCUAUGUCUACUGAAGGGAACAAACGAGGAAUGAUCCAGCUUAUUGUUGCGAGGCGAAUAAGCAAGUGCAAUGAGCCGAAGUCACCUGGAAGCCCCUCUGGACCUGAGCUGCCCAUUGACACCAUGUUGGAUGAUAGAGAACGAAGAAUCUCCCAUUCCCUCUACAGUGGAAUUGAGGGACUUGAUGAAUCACCCACAAGAAAUGCUGCACUCAGUAGGAUAAUGGGUGAGUCAGGUAAAUACCAGCUGUCUCCCACAGUGAACAUGCCCCAGGAUGACACUGUCAUUAUAGAAGAUGACAGGUUAGCCGUGCUUCCUCCUCACCUCUCCGACCAGUCCUCUUCCAGUUCCCAUGAUGAUGUGGGAUUCGUGACAACAGAAACUGGAACCUGGGCUAAGGCCACAAUCACUGAUUCAGCAGACUGCUCUUUGAGUCCAGAUGUUGAUCCAGUUCUUGCUUUUCAACGAGAAGGAUUUGGACGUCAGAGUAUGUCAGAAAAACGCACAAAGCAAUUUUCAGAUGCCAGUCAAUUGGAUUUCGUUAAAACGAGAAAAUCAAAAAGCAUGGAUUUAGGUAUAGCUGACGAGACUAAACUCAAUACAGUGGAUGACCAGAAAGCAGGUUCCCCCAGUAGAGAUGUGGGACCUUCCCUAGGUCUGAAGAAGUCCAGCUCCUUAGAGAGUUUGCAGACAGCAGUGGCUGAGGUGACUUUAAACGGGGAUAUUCCUUUCCAUCGCCCACGACCACGGAUUAUCCGUGGAAGAGGAUGCAACGAGAGUUUUAGAGCUGCCAUUGACAAGUCUUACGACAAACCUGCCGUAGAUGAUGAUGAUGAGGGCAUGGAGACAUUGGAAGAAGACACAGAAGAAAGUUCAAGAUCAGGGAGAGAAUCUGUAUCUACAGCCAGUGACCAGCCUUCACAUUCUCUGGAGAGACAAAUGAAUGGAAACCAAGAGAGAGGUGACAAGACUGAUAGGAGAAAAGAUAAAAUAGGAAAAGAGAAGAAAAAAGAAAGAGAUAAGGAAAAGGACAAGAUAAAAGCCAAGAAGGGGAUGCUGAAGGGCUUGGGAGACAUGUUCAGGUUUGGCAAACAUCGAAAAGAUGACAAGAUUGAGAAAACGGGUAAAAUAAAAACACAGGAAUCCCUUACAUCAGAAGAGGAGAGAAUACGUAUGAAGCAGGAACAGGAGAGGAUUCAAGCCAAAACUCGAGAAUUUAGAGAGCGACAAGCUCGUGAGCGUGACUAUGCUGAGAUUCAGGAUUUUCAUCGGACAUUUCCCUGUGAUGAUGAACUGCGGUACAGGGGCAUUUCUUCCUACGAAGGGUCCUUGGCUCUCAACACCAGACCUCAGAGCCCAAGAGAAGAGCACAUGAUGGAUGCUUUGUAUGCCCAAGUGAAGAAGCCACGGAAUUCUAAACCUUCAGCUGUGGACAGCAACAGAUCAACUCCUAGCAACCAUGAUCGGAUACAGCGUCUACGGCAAGAAUUUCAGCAAGCAAAGCAGGAUGAAGAUGUAGAAGACAGGCGGCGUACUUACAGCUUUGAACAACCCUGGGCCAAUUCGAGAGCAGCAGCACCCAGUGGCAGGCACUCGGUGUCAGUGGAGAUGCAGAUGCAGCGGCAGCGGCAGGAGGAGCGAGAGAGCUUCCAGCAGGCCCAGCGCCAGUACAGCUCCUUGCCCAGGCAAAGUAGGAAAAAUGCCAGUUCCAUCUCCCAGGAUUCGUGGGAGCAGAACUACUCCCCAGGGGAAGGUUUUCAGAGUGCCAAGGAGAACCCCAGAUACUCCAGCUACCAAGGCUCCAGAAAUGGCUACCUGGGGGGGCAUGGCUUCAACGCCAGGGUGAUGCUGGAGACCCAAGAGCUUCUUCGCCAGGAACAGAGGCGGAAAGAGCAACAGAUGAAGAAGCAGCCUCCUCCUGCAGAGGGCCUCAGCAACUAUGACUCGUAUAAGAAAGGCCAGGACCCCAGUUACACCCCUCCCAAAGGACCCUUCCGGCAGGAUGUCCCCCCAUCGCCUUCUCAGGUUGCCAGGCUGAACAGACUCCAGACCCCUGAGAAAGGGAGACACUUCUACUCCUGAGCCAGAGAAGGACGGACACUUCUUGCCAUGCAAUAAAGGACAUUUUCCUAUGAAGACUUGUAUUUUGGGAGUUUGUUUGUUUGUUUUUUUAAAUAACAACAACAACAACAAAAACCCUCGAUGGUACUAUGGAAUAUUUCUGUUGUUGGUAUCAGUGCCUUUAAGCAGUAUAGGCGAAGAAAUGGAAGGCCUUAAUGUCUUUGCCACUCUGUUGCAAGUGUCUAUUUCAUAGAAGGAUUUUUCACCCUCCGACAAUCAUCUGUUUGCAGCUUUCUUAGACUCUCUUUCUCUGGGGUACCAGGAAUCUUGGCCCCAUUCAUGAGUUGCCCCUGAUUUUGUGAUCCAACCCCACAUACAAUUUGUGAUGAAUUCCUUGAAGUUGACCAUGAUGCGAUCCUCCAAUCCCUCCUUUGAUUUUAUUUUUUCCUUGCAAGUUUUCUUAAAUGUGUUUAUAACAUCUCAAUCUCUGGUGGAUGGAAGUGUGGCAUUGACCAGAAAUUGGGGUUUUAUGGAAAUUACACUCAUGGCCCUUUAUAAUGCUUUGUAUUCAAUAUGGUUUUCCCCUCUUCUUACUGAGCUCCUUGUAAAAGGAAAGUUCCUGCAUCCUAUUAAAGAAGUGAAGCCAUACUCCACUGGUCUGGUUAUCAUGGGGGUCCUUUGUGUAAUGCCUUAUAGAUUAACAUUACCAAGGAAGUGAUCAUUUUCACCUAUUUUUAAAAUAUGUUUGUCUGGUUGUAUUCCCAACUCACAUGGAAUUGCCCUGCUCUGCCUAGAGAUAGUGGGAGCUGCGGGUGACCCUGGUGGGGGAAGGACCCAGCCUGUCCACAGGCCCUGUGUGUAUCAUGUGGGAGAUGGGAGCUAAGAGAAGAAUUCUCCCUGGAUAAGCUUCAGGCGCCGUGCGUCCCAGGAAUUAUCUUCAUUAGUUUUUAUUUGGCAGGUUGACAGGACGGGUGUUGCAUGGGACAAAGGAAAAUCAGACCUGAGCAUUUGGAGUCUAAAACUCAUCUGCUUUCUACAGUUUUCCAGGCUGACAUUUUUCUGAGUACCUCCACAUGCUCUGUCCUUUGCCUGGUGAUGCUGUCCAGGCUACUAAAUAAUUCUGCCACAAAACGCUGAAGAAGGGAAAGCCGUGACACAUCAUACAGAGACCAUUCUUAUCUCCCCAGACAUGGGGACAAAAGAUUCCCCCUGCAUUGCCAUUUGAUUGUUUAUGCCCCCUACGUUGUGCUCAUGUUUCCAUCUGUGGCUCUGAAUGUCAUGUAUUCUAAACCAUGGCCGGAUUGCUAAAGUGCCUGCAAAUCCUGAUGUGAAAAAGCUUGAGAUGCAAGCAUACCAUGUACUGACAAAACAGGAAAAAAAAAUUGAUCUGUAAUAAUAACGCCUAUUUUUUUUGUACUGGCACAUCAUAUUUUUGUGUCCACUUGUUUUUUAAAAAUAUGUGAUGUGUCCAUACACAUCCCUGUGUCUUGGCAUUUCUGUAUAAUGGUUCUACUUGUUCCUGUAGUGCAGUGGUGUUUUAAUGGUGUUCACAGUAUAAGUGUAGUGACCGUGGUUGAUCAUGGCGCUUUCUCACGUCCUUUCCUGGGCUGUAAGAAAUAGCUUUCCCUGUACAUAUGGAGACUUCUAAUAAAAGGCAUAUUUCUUUCUGUU